AUGCUGCCGUGCGCGAGGUCGGUGCUGCGGAGGAGGGGGCUGGCGUCUUCCGUCCUGCGAAGGUGCGGCGGGGAGGGCGAGUGCUCCACCGGCGCGGGGGAGCUGGUGGCCAAUGCCAGGUGUUCGAGCACGGUGGCCGCGCUCGGCGGCGGCGGGCGCGUGCUCGAGCGCGGCGGGCGGUGGGCAUAUCCGCAGACCGGCGUGAUUGGCGCGGGGUGGAUGGCGCGCACGCAGACCAGGUGUUUCCUCGGGUGCGGCGACGGGGAGGAGGGGGGCGUGCUCUCCAAGGUCUACGAGGAGAGGCGCGUGAUGGGGUACUCGCCAGAGCAGAUGUUUGCUGUUGUCGCGGCAGUGGACCUCUACGAGGACUUUGUGCCGUGGUGCCAGCGUUCCAGGAUUAUUAGGCGGCAUGAGGAUGGCUCAUUGGAUGCUGAGCUCGAGAUUGGAUUCAAGUUCCUUGUUGAAAGCUAUGUCUCCCAUGUGGAGAUGGAGAAACCCAGGUAUAUCAAGACGACAGCAUCUGAAAGUGGACUUUUUGAUCAUUUGAUAAACGUUUGGGAAUUUAAGCCUGGUCCUGUUCCAGGGACAUGUGACCUCUACUUCUUAGUCGAUUUUAAGUUUCAAUCACCACUGUAUCGUCAGGUUGCAUCAAUGUUCUUCAAGGAAGUUGUUUCACGACUAGUGAGCUCACUUAAUGACCGUUGUUUUAGAAUAUUUGGACCAGCUGUUCCAGUGCUUGAAAAUACUUAUGGACAAGGAAGAUGA